AUGUCAAGCUCAGUUGGGCAGAAAAAAGGAUAUUCAAGAAUGCAUAAAUGUGGAUUUUGUAAAUCUAGUAGAGACAAAGAAUGUGGACAGCUAUUAAUAUCUGAAAACCAGAAAGUAGCAGCUCAUCACAAAUGUAUGCUGUUUUCAUCUGCUUUGGUAUCAUCAUACUCUGAUAAUGAAUGCCUUGGUGGGUUUUCUAUUGAAGAUAUUCAAAAGGAAAUAAAAAGAGGCACUAAACUGAUGUGUUCUUUAUGCCAUUGUCCAGGAGCAACAAUUGGAUGUGAUGUGAAAACAUGUCAUAGGACAUAUCACUACCUCUGUGCCUUACGUGACAAAGCUCAAAUGCAAGAGGAACCUUCACAAGGGAUUUACAUGCUUUAUUGUAAAAAACAUAAGAAACCUGGACAUAACUCUGAAGCAGCUGGCUUAGAAGAAAAUUUCAAUGAAUGUGAACUGGCACUUUCACCAGUCAAGGGAAAGAAGAGUGGGAAAGGAAAGCCAAGAAAACUUAUUUCACGAGGGCAAUCAGAAGAUACUAAAUCCACAUCUUCACAUGGGACAGAUAGAGAUAGGUCACCCCACAGAAGUAAUUCUAGUGAUUCUAGACCAAAGUGUGGAUUCUGUCAUGUGGGUGAGGAAGAAAAUGAAGCAAGGGGAAAGCUUCAUAUAUUUAGUACUAAAAAGGCAGCAGCACAUUACAGAUGCAUGUUAUUCUCUUCUGGUACAGUUCAACUUACAACAACAUCACGGGCUGAAUUUGGUGAUUUUGAUAUCAAAACUGUGCUUCAAGAGAUUAAGCGAGGAAAAAGAAUGAAGUGUACCCUUUGUAGCCAACCUGGUGCAACUAUUGGAUGUGAAAUAAAAGCCUGUGUAAAAACAUAUCAUUACCACUGUGGAGUACAAGAUCAAGCUAAAUACAUUGAAAAUAUGUCACGAGGAAUUUACAAACUAUACUGUAAAAAUCAUAGUGGCAACGAAGAGAGAGAUGAAGAAGAUGAAGAACGGGAAAGCAGAAGUCAAAGAAAAGAACUGGCUGACUAUUGUGGCCCCUCUCAACAGCAAAUUAAUGGAAACUAAUUGAAAAAUAGGAUACAGAGGCCUGAGGAACUUGAUCACCAAACCAGAUUUGUGACUAUAAAUGUUAGAGAGCCAGGAAUCAAACUGACUCCAGGUACCAUCUUCUGCCUACAACAUUAUGUUACCAUGUUCUUCAUUAAAUAUUAAUAAGAAAAUGCCUUUUGAAAAUAAAUAAAAUGUUUCCUAUUAUCUGAGUACAAUUUUCCUCAAGUUAUGAAAUUUAGUAAGAUAUCCAGCAUUUUGAAUGCUAGGCUAAGUAUAAAUAAUGACUUUGUGAAAUACAAAAUUAGUUCCUAUAGUCUUUUUUUUUUUUAUUAAAGCCUGCUUUUAGAAAGGCUUACUUAAAAUUUUCUAUUUCUCCAUUUUAAUUGUUUUUGACUAGGCUCUCAAAACUAGUUACCAAUAAUUGUUUUAUUUAUUUUUACCUUAGAACAGUGUUCUUUUAAGUAAGGAAAAUAUAAAAA